AUCUCAUCUUCUCGUUUCUACAACACCUCGGAGGUUCACUUCUCCUGCAGCUACAUCGGAAGGAAGAGGGUACAAGCUCACCUAGAGCUUACAGGCUACUCUCCAAGAUGCCAGGCUUCCGUUUCCUCGAACUCGUGCGACCGUUUAUGUCGAUCCUUCCUGAAGUCACUGCUCCAGAGAAGAAGGUCAUAUUCAACCACAAAGUUCUGUGGACAGCAACAACCUUGUUGAUCUUUUUGGUCUGCUCCCAAGUCCCACUCUAUGGAAUCAUGUCUUCCGAUUCGUCUGACCCCUUGUACUGGCUCCGAGCUAUCAUGGCUUCGAACCGUGGUACAUUGAUGGAACUCGGUAUUACGCCCAUUGUCACUUCUGGAAUGAUCAUGCAAUUGUUGGCAGGAGCUCAGUUGAUAGAUGUCGAUUUCAACCUCAAGGACGACCGCGCAUUAUUUGGUGGAGCACAGAAACUGUUUGCCCUCAUCAUCGCCUUUGGUCAAGCCACAGUUUACGUCCUGACUGGUCUCUAUGGUUCCCCUUCAUCUCUGGGACCUGGAGUCUGUCUCUUGUUGAUCCUCCAGCUCGUCGCUGCAGCGCUCAUUGUCAUUCUUCUCGAUGAGCUCUUAACCAAGGGGUACGGCCUGGGAUCAGGUAUCUCGCUUUUUAUUGCGACCAACAUUUGUGAAUCGAUCGUCUGGAAAGCCUUCUCACCCACUACCGUCAACACUGGUCGUGGACCAGAAUUCGAAGGCGCCAUCAUCGCCCUCUUCCACCUCUUCUUCACUUGGAAUGACAAGACUCGAGCCCUCAAAGAGGCGUUCUACAGGGAACGAUUGCCAAACAUCAUGAACCUUCUCGCAACCGUUUUCAUCUUUGCCCUUGUCAUUUACCUCCAAGGAUUCAGGAUUGAGAUCCCGAUCAAGAGCUCAAAGAUGCGAGGUCAACGAGGUGCCUACCCUGUCAAGCUGUUCUACACUUCCAACAUGCCCAUCAUGCUCGAGUCAGCCCUGACCAGCAACGUCUUCUUGAUCUCACAGAUGUUGGCUGGACGAUUCCCCGACAAUCUUUUGGUCAAGCUCCUUGGAGUCUGGGAGCCCCUUGAAGACUCUCCUUCGCAGCUCUCUGCGGUGUCCGGAUUGGCCUACUACAUUUCCGCUCCUCAUUCACUCAAAGCCGCUCUUACUGAUCCCCUUCACACCGUCAUCUACGUCGUCUUCAUCACUUCCGCCUGUGCCUUCUUCUCCAAGACCUGGAUCGAAGUCUCCGGCAGCGGACCCAGAGACGUCGCCAAGCAGCUCAAGGAUCAAAACAUGACAUUGGCCGGACACCGUGAAGCCUCCAUCUACAAAGAGCUCAAGCGAGUCAUCCCCACUGCCGCUGCGUUUGGAGGUGCUACCCUUGGUCUCUUGUCGUUCGUCGCCGACAUGAUGGGUGCUCUCGGAAGUGGAACAGGUAUCCUCAUGGCUACUACCAUCAUCUACGGCUACUUUGAACUCGGAAUAAAGGAGAAUGCCGGACUUGACGCCGCCGGGCUCGGAGAUCUACUCUUCUAAGUCCCUUAUGAUUGCUGUUGAAUUCGAUGCUUCUGGACCGGUAGCUCGAGUUCAACCCAUCAUACCGUACCUCCCCCCAAAACCCUCCUACCCUAUUCUCCAAUAUGCCCCUCCUCAUAUCCUUCACCCCUACUCCCUUCUUUGUAGUCUGCAGCUCUUCGGCGGGUGUCGUCCUAGGUGCUGAGCUCUCACUACCUCGAAAAAGAAAAUGCAUUGAAGAAAUGAUCGAAU